AUGGACUCGGCUGACUCACAACCAGUAGCAACACCGUCGGGACCAUCACAGCACCAACAACUCGUGAUAACACCUGGUGGUACUAAAUAUUGGAUUCCCCAGUGUGAAGACUCGAUUCGGCCUCGCAAAGGACAGGUUUUUAGAACAUUAACUGAGGCCGUUGAUUUCUACCGAACAUAUGCCUCUGCAGUUGGUUUUGACGUUAGACAAAGCACAUUGGUAAAAGCGAUGGAUAAGACCAUUCUUUGGAGAUAUUUGGUGUGCUCGCGUGAAGGGACAAUUGCUGAUUGCCUGAAAGUCGCGUCCAGGCUUUGGAACAUUCAGUGUUACAUGUUGGAAUAA